AUGUUUGCUACUCGUCGUCUUCUCUUUUCGACAAGAAUUACCUUCUUCACUCGGGAAACUUGUGGUCUCUGCACCCAGGCUAAGCACGUAUUGUCAGAUGUUUGGGAUAAGAGACCCUUUGACUAUACAGAGGUUAAUGUUGAUCUCCCGAAGCCUGAGUCAAAGCAAUGGAGAGACAUAUAUGACUUUGAUGUCCCAGUGAUUCACAUCAGUAAAGCCUCCGCGCCUGAAGAGGAGCCAAGCAAAGUGGGCAAAGCAAUCAAAUUGAUGCACAGAUUCACUGCCGAGCAAGUCGAAGCUCAAAUGGACAAAGCAGAGAAAAGCUAA